AUGCUGUGGGGACACUCCCGAGGGUCCCGACUCCCGACGCCGCCAGACGGCCCCGUCGUCACGGGCGCCUCUGAGCGGACGGUCCACGGCGUCCGCUGGCUGCUGAUCUGCGUCGCCAUCUUCUCCUCCAGCGUGCUGUACGGGCUGGACACGACCAUCGUCGCCGACAUCCAGGGCGCCGUGUCCGAGACGUUCGGCGAUGUCACCCAGCUGGGCUGGCUCGGCGUCGGCUUCACCCUCGGCUCCACCGUCGCCAUCCUCCCGCUCGGCAAGGCCUACGCCGUCUUCGACGUCAAGUGGCUGUUCAUUGGCUGUCUUGCCAACUUCGCCGCCGCCAGCGCGCUGUGCGGCGCUGUGCCGGGGAUGAGUGCCAUGAUUGUCGGUCGGGUCUGGGGCGGCGUGGGCGGUGCCGGCAUGUAUCUUGGCAUGCUGAAUCUCUGCACCAUCCUCAGUUCACCCCACGAGCAGCCAUUGUACGUCGGCCUGGCCGGGUUUGUGUACGGGAGCGGCUGCAUCUUGGGUCCCAUCGUGGGAGGAUCGCUGGCGGACAGCUCGGCGUCAUGGCGCUGGGCGUUCUACCUCAACCUUUGCAUCUUCGCGGCCGCCAGCCCCAUCUACCUUUUCCUGCUGCCGUCGCUGCCCCGGCGGCCGGGGGCGUCCUGGGUUGACCGCGUGAAGAGCAUCGACUGGCUUGGCACGCUGCUCAACGCCGGUGUCUACGGCACCUUCACGGUCGCCUUCUCCUUCGGCGGCGUCCUCUGGGCAUACAGCGACGGCCGCACCAUCGCCCUGAUCGUUGUCUGGGUCGCCUGCAUCGUCGUCUUCGCCGUCACGCAGCGGUACUCCGUCCUGACCAACCCGCUCGACCGGCUCUUCCCCUGCGAGUUCCUCCGCGACCCGCAGCUCGUCCUCCUGUACGUCAUCAUGGCCGCGGGCGGCUCCGCGCUCUUCGUCUCCAUGUACUACAUCCCGCUGUACUUCCUCUUCGUGUACGGCGACACGGGCGUGCAGGCGGCGGUGCGCCUGCUGCCGUUCGUGUGCCUCUACGUGGCCACCAUCCUGGCCUGCGGCGCCGCCAUGGGCCGCACCGGCUACCACAUGGUCUGGUUCCUCGCCUCGGGCCUGUGCCUGACCGCCGGCGGCGCCUGCAUGGCCACCGUCACCGCCAACACCCCGCCCGGCCGCAUCCUGGGCUACACCGUCCUGCUCGGCCUCGGCAUGACCACCUCGCAGGCCGGCUACGCCGUCGGCAACCGCCUCGUCGCGCCCGCCCGCGUCGCCGAGAUGAUCCAGUUCCUCAACGUCGGCCAGGGCUCCAGCAUGCUGAUCGGCCUGACCGUCGCCAGCGCCGUGUUCCAGACGCGCGCCUUCGCGGGGCUGCGCGCCGUGCUGGGCCCGCUGGGGUUCGAUGACGCGCAGAUCCGCGCCGCCGUGGCCGGCUCGCGCAGCGAUGUGUUGCGGUCCGUCGCGCCCGACGUGCGCGCGCGGUGUCUCGAUGCCAUUGUCGACAGCAUCGCGCGCUGCUGGUUCAUGGUCGUCGCGGCCGGCGCCCUGUACACGCUGUGCUCGCUGUUCCUGAGCCGCGCGAGGUAUUCCUUUUAG